GCAAUCAACAAAAAAAGAAAAAAAAGCCACACUGUUAACAGAGAAAUAAAGAUCGAUGAAGCCACUUAUGUUCAUGUUCAUUGUUGCAGUAGUAGUACUUCUGUGCGCUGCUGUUGCUGCCGAACUGGACGAUCAUACAUGCACAGCCUGCCAGCCUUACACUGACUGCUCCUACUGUGACCAAGCGGCAGGGCGGUGUUGCAGUUGGACCUAUUAUUGUGGAGCUGGCGCUCUUUACUGUACGCCUUGUUAUGAUGAUCAGGGGAACAGCAUACAUCCUUGCAAUUGCUACGAUGACUUGUGCGAUAAUUUGGACCAAGGAGAGCAGCAUGCAAUCGCGAAUUACACCGUCUAUAAUGCUACGGUUGUUGCUGCGACUAGUCGUCGUCGUCAUCAGGAAAAUGGUGAUUACGUUCUACUUGCCACCUACGACCGCAACUUAAGAAUGAAUAUAUCAUCAUCAUCAUCAUCAUCAGUUCAUGAGUAUGUUGCUGCGGCGAUAUGUGGACCGUCGUCAUCGUCAUCAUCAACUCAUGUUUCGGCCACCAUCCUUCCCGGACUGUGCCUACAGGUAUAAUUCAAUUCAUACUGCUUUCAUCUGUGUGUACUUUUAAGCUGCAAUAAGUCUGAGAUUUUACG